GACCAGUGAUAAACUUUGGGCCAGCAGAUGUGGGGGAAGUCGAGAGGCCUCACAAUGACGCCUUAAUGAUAACCGCCCAAGUGUCGGGCUAUGAGGUGCGAAGGAUUUUUGUUGACACAGGAAGCUCGAUAAAUGUGAUCUUUUACGACUGCCUCAAAAGGAUGGAUCUCGACAUUGAAUUAUCACCCCUCCAUACAUCACUUUUCGGCUUCAACGGCUCGGAGGUCGCGCCCUUGGGAGAGGCCACCCUCGCUGUCGUUUUGGGAGAAGGAGAUUUGCGAAAGGUUAAGAUGAUAAGAUUCGUGGUAAUCGACGUCGAAUCAGCUUAUAAUGUGAUUCUUUGUAGGUCGGCGCUGAAUGCCUUCCAGGCUGUGGUAUCGACUUACCACAUGAAAUUGAAAUUCCCAGUUGGUGAUCGGGUAGGAGAAGCCCGAGGGAAUCAGAAAUUAUCCAGAGCCUGCUAUCAGAUAGCUGUAAAGGCGAACCAGCGAGCGGAG